AUGGCUGACGAGCACCAUGAUACCUUCGAGUCUGCCGACGCUGGUGCGUCCGCGACUUUCCCCAUGCAGUGUUCCGCUCUGAGAAAGAACGGUCACGUUGUCAUCAAGGGCCGUCCCUGCAAGAUCGUCGACAUGUCCACCUCCAAGACCGGCAAGCACGGUCACGCCAAGGUCCACAUGGUCGCCAUCGAUAUCUUCACCGGCAAGAAGCUCGAGGAUCUCUCUCCCUCCACCCACAACAUGGACGUCCCCAACGUCAGCCGUCGUGACUACCAGCUCCUCGAUGUUACCGACGAUGGCUUCCUUUCCCUGAUGGACGAGAACGGUGCCACCAAGGACGAUGUCAAGCUCCCCGACAACGAGAUCGGCGAGAAGAUCGUCCGCAUGUUCCGUGAGGAGGAGAAGGACUGCAACGUCUCCAUCCUCACUGCCAUGGGCGAGCAGGCCGCCAUGGAUGUCAAGGAGGCCCCCAAAUAA